AUGAUCUUAAGCGCCGCAAUCUACUUCGACGGCUUUCUCCCGGCGUCAAAGUCGGAGGUUCGUCUGGAGAGGAUCCUAAAGGUGUCUUCAUCUUUAAAAGUCUAUCGUUCCGGGUUCCCAAACGGAUGUCCAGCGCGACAGAUAGCUUCAACACGCAUCUCGCUGCCUCCCCUGUUCCCGACUGAUGCACCCAAGAGAGACCAGCCCCUGAUACCGCCGCCACCGUUUCUGGUCGCAGCUGUUGUGGACAAACUCUGCGAGACCACCAAGUACGCGACCUUCGUCCGUCUCGUUCCUGGGGAGGCAGAUGCGUACUGCGCCGAGGACGUCCUGCGGAAUGGGGGCACUAUCUUAACAUCGGAUUCGGACCUGACAAUCCAUGAUCUGAAGACGGGCGCCGUAGCGUUCUUCAGAGACCUCCACGUUGCUUCUACCGACGAGAAGGAUAGUCUUGUGGGCCCAAAGUUCUCGCCGUCAGAUAUCGCAAAGCGCUUGCAGCUUCCCGAGGAUCAAGGCAUGCGAAGGUUCGGAUACGAACUGUCCAAGUCUAGCCGACCAAAGUUUGCCCAAGUCCUCGAGAACUGCAAAGGGGACGUAUCAGAUCCGGAUGAGUUUCGCAGCUUCUGCAUCCCAUAUGAGACGCUGGAGACGACGGACUGGAGUGAUGUGCCGGUACUCAGUGGCAUCGACAACCCCAUACUCGAUGCGAGAUUAUCAGAGGUUGUUCUGCAAUGCGUAGGAUACUCUGGCGUCGCGAAGCCGCCUCCAGGAGACUCUGGCGCAGAGAGCUGCAUGAUGUGCCUACCGCCUCUCUUGGACUGCCCAGCCCGUGCAAGCGCAUGGGAUAGCAGUGCCUCCAUCAGACAGUUGGCAUACAGUUUGACGUGUCUACUACGACCCGGGGCUGUAUCUCAUGUCAGGGAGUACAGGAGGAUAUACUUCGGGGCGAACCAAGGCAGGCACGUCGCCAUGCUCCCUCGGCCGUGGAUUAAAGACUCGGUGGACUCUCUCUUGAAGUCCCUUAAUCAAGCCAAAAACAGUCUUCAACACGAGAAAUCAACGUGGCAAGCCGUGGCGUUACAGUUGAUCCUCGCUUACGCACGGGAGGAAGACAAGCAAGAGGCAUGUCUGAACUCCAUCAAACAAGUCCUCUCAGUCGUGAAGGACUCGAAUCUUAUUCCCUGGGACGUCGUCCAUCUGUCAGCGCAGGUCCAGGCGACGCUCUACUCUCUUCGCAUCCUAGCCCAGGUUCUGGACCUCAUGUAUGAGAUCAAAGCAGAAAACCCUGUCCAAGGCUCGAAGCAGCUGCGCGAGUUGCUGACGACCCUACCCUCUCUCACGGAGUAUCCAUCAGUGGACGGGACGAUUGCUCUGCUGACGAGCAUGAAGGCCAACAAUGCAUUGGCAAAAAUUACAGCAACACUCGACUUACCAGAAGAGGCCCUCCUUCCGUCGAAAGAGAACAAGAGUCAGAAGAAGAAGCGGAAGAAGACGGCCGAGACUGAGCCUGGUACGAGGCCAGAAAAGAAGCUGUCGUCGAAUCCAUUCGAUAUCUUGGGAAUUGAGUGA